GGCGUCCUUGCUGUGCCAGGUUUUCCUAGUGGCAUCGACGCCAUGAGCCCUCGUCGUGCUUUUCCCUACGUUGUGCUGCUGUGGGGAUGCGGCAUCAUUGGGAUGGAGCAUACCACAGCUGCAGUCGUGCACUCCCCUUGGACUCAAGUGUCGGCCCAACUUGUACCGCAGCCCAUGGCUCGGGAAGGCACGGUGCUGGAAGUUGUCGGAGAUCAUGCGUAUAUCUACGGCGGCGCAGGUGACGAGAACGACGCCGUGUUCAACGACACGUGGAAGUUUGAUUUUCUCAACAAACGGUGGAGCCAACUCACGGCCACAGCAGUCAAUCCUGGGCGUCGAUAUGACCACGUGUCGGCAGUGCGAGGAACGGAUGUGUACAUAUUUGGCGGAACGAAAUACGCCGCAAAAGCGGUCGUCGAGGACUUUUCAUUCCAACUGAACGACCUGUGGAAGCUCGAUACAACACAAGGCACGUGGGUCGCCGUCGACAAGGGAGGGCGCACCCUCACGACUCCGCGCCCCAUCCCUCGCAGCCAAGCGACCGCUGUGUCAACUCCUCAAGCCAUGGUUGUGUUUGGCGGCGUGAUCAUCCCAAACACCAUGGAUAUCUAUCCGGUGGACCUGGGUGACGUAUGGAAGUUCGACUUUGACACCCUCGUGUGGGAGGAGGUGGCGGUCGCUUCCAAUUCGAGUGUCCCCACUGCCCGCUUCUCGCACACAGCGACGACUGUCCAGCUGAACGGAGUGGUGUAUAUGGUCGUGUUCAGCGGGCGUCAAAAUUUCGACAGGCGAUGGACGAUUCUGAACGAUGCGUGGAUGCUGCCGUUGAUGUCGGGGCCGGAGCUGCCGUCAUGGACACGGUUGAGUGCCACCCCCCCGUUCGGACGUAUCCUGUCGGCCAUGGUCUCUACCGACUCGUACUUGUGGCUCUUUGGCGGGUUCGCUUUUGACACCCAAGCGACCGGUCGAGGAGUCGCGUUUGAUGGCAUGCUGGGGGCAGCCACGUCGCCAUUGCCGACCUUGACGUUGAUCGAGGACAACCUGCAGUUCGACAACGCGGGCGAACAACUCGACAUCAGCGCAUUGGACGGGCCGUCUGCCCGAUUUGGCCAUCGCAUGAGCGUGUGGAAUGGCAAUAUUGUCGUGUAUGGGGGCAGGUUCAUGCAAUGCCUGGGCGACCUCUGGCUUCGCAAUGCGUCCGUGUUGCCACGAGGGGCAAACACGGACACAACGACCGCACCUCGAUUGAUACAGGUCAUGUCGACGAUGCUCACGCUGAGUCUCGUACUGCUUGUCCUCUCUGCGUGUCUCUUGGUUGUACUCGUGGUGAUCAAGCGACACAGACGUCGACAGAGCAUCGUGAUGGAUGCCACCGCGUCGCCAAGCGCAGGCCGUCGAGGUCUAUCGGUUGACGAGAUCGCCCAGUUCAAGCUCGUGCCAUUUCACCCGUCGGCAUCGACAGCUCCCACCGACGAAAUAUGUCCGAUUUGUCUCGUCGAGUUUGUGGCAGACGAACAGCUACGACAACUCCCCUGUCAGCAUCACUUCCACGCCGCGUGCAUUGGCGAGUGGCUCGAGCACAAUUUGACGUGCCCAAUGUGCAAGCGCGACUUGUCUCCUGCUGCCUACACUGCAGCGCCAGCUUCUGCAGUCGCGGCUACCACCGUAGCAUCACCGCAGCCACCACCAACUGCAAGCAGUGCUGCUGUGGUGCCGCUGCCAGGACGCAUCGACAUGGACUAGCGCUGGUUGGUUUCGUCACAUCCUCCUCGUGUGGGGGGCCGGUUCGACCGUCCAGCUGGUUGCAUUGGACCCACCACCAUAAAAUAAUAGCAUUCGUUGAAAUUAUAAUAGCUG